GAAUUUUUAUAAUAACAUUACAAAACUCCAUUCUUAAAAAAAAAGGAAACCAAGGGUUUAUAUUAUUGAAUUAUACUUAAAGGAAUUUCCUUUGUUUCAUCCCCCGAAAGGGCAAUCUAAGGUUACUUAUUAAAUUUAUUCGAGUGCAAAGGUGUCAUCAAAGAUAAGUGAAAUUCUUUUCAGAAAGAUGAACGCGGCACCGAUGCUGUUCUGUGCUCGUUGUAGCAAUUUGUUGUAUCCCGAAUGCGAUCCCCAACGUAGCAUGCUUUGGCGAUGUAAUUAUUGCCAAACGACUGAAAUACACGACGAGUAUAAGAUGGUCCACGUUUUAAACUUAAAGAUAAAGAGUGAUACCAUGGGCGAAACGGAUCUUUUAGAGGAAUUUGCGAGUGACCCGACCGCGCAGCGAGACCCUACCAAGAAAUGCCCCAAGUGCGAACACAACGAUGUCACCUGCUUUGUCAAUCCUUUAGGUCAGCCACAAGAGGAUAUGACACUGUAUUUUGCAUGCGCUAAUCCAAGAUGCCGCUUUGUAUGGAAAAGUGAGGAUAUCUAGGAGCAAAAUCAAAGCGUCAUGGAUUGGUAAAUUGAACAUAUCCCGUAUUUCCAUGAUCUUUUGAAAAUGAAACUCUCUUGAACAGAUUUGGUAGGUGACUGGAAAUUAGGAAUGAAUGAUGGGGAUCGAAUUAAACAUGGGGAAACUUGAAAAAAGGGGAUGAUAGGGAUCAGACAUAAAUGCUUUUGUAAUAUUUCGUGAUUAUCCUUUUUCUUCAUAUUCUGUUGUUUUGACUUGCAAAUAUGAAUUGGUAUUAAUCAAUGUUUGAUGUAAUCUGCUCAUUCGAUCUGUUUAGGUUCAUCUGCAUUGCCUGCAUUAAUAGUUUAAACAAUAACGAAAGGAUGCAUAAUACUUUAUCAAAAGUGCAUUGAAGUGUGAGUUUACACUUAUAAAGAACAUCAGGAUGGACUGCCGCGUUUUUAUAUUUUGUUCACUAGCAUGGUUUCUUUCCGCACCAUUUAUGCCUCUUUGUCCUUUACUACAGCUUAUACUUUGGUUAUUUUGUAUGUUUGGGGGAAUUAUAGUACCUGAUAUGGAUAGUUCCAUCACUUUUUUGCUAUUUUAAAGCAUUGUCUCUCCUUUAUAUAUUUUUUCAGACGUUUCCUUCUGAUUACCGCAAACCUUUCUUUCCCUUAUCCGCUUUGUAGUGUUUUCCUUACUCUGCGGAGUAUUAACAUAAUAAUAAAGUUGGUUUUAGACAAUAGUCUGUGUGACUAUAGAGGUAUUUGCUACGUUGCUUCAUUACAGGAGGGCUACAGCACGACUAACUUUCCAUUAUCCUGUUAAUUUACACUAAAAGAAGACACUUUUUCUUGUCCUUGUUCAUGAUUUUCAAAAUCGAUGCCAGGAAACUUAGAAAUUGACCACCUUUCUUCUUUUUUAUUUCCUUUUCAUUAGAUCGUUGUAUUUCUACGUCUGUCUUCCACAGCAAAGACAGCUAAAUUUUCUAAGCAUACAUUUGUCUGAUUGUUCUCAAACAUUAGUGUAUAACUGUCAA